AUGACUGUUCCAUGGAGUUUGCUAACGAUUCUGAGUUUGGUGCACCACACGGAAUCGAGGUGUUCGCAGACUACUUAUUAUAAAAACUGUUGGAUUCGUCAGUACCCUGGUAUAUUCAUCGACAUUGAGGAAUCUCAGAGAAGAGGCGCUCAACUUCUGAAGUAUUACCAGGAAGAGACAGCUCUGAAAUGCAGCCGAACCUGUUGCCUUACGAGAAAUUUUUCUUGUAACCUGGCGAUAUUCCACUAUGACACCAUCCAAGAGAAUGUGAACUGUUUUCAUAUGCACUGUCCAACAUUGGAGAGCUGCAUCCUAAGCUACAGAGGCAACGUCAUCCUGUACAACAUCACCAAAGGUGUGGAUCCAGACCUGUUGGUGUUUGGAAAGUACUUCACCUCCAACGUGCGGGUGUUACCCCACCUCUACACCAGAGUCAACGCCUCAGAGCCCCUAGCCUCAGACAAGCGCCAGUUCAACCGGCCACCCGUCCCCCCUGUCCAGCCUCUAACCAUAGCCCCUACUACCAGGAUCCCCACCACCACCACCACACUCCAGAGCCCUACUCUGGGCACUACUCAUUCCCCCGUCACAUCCACCCCCUCCUCCACCAUAAUACCCACCCUGGGAACCCAGGCCCCCACCACCACUCCCCCGACCCCCAUCACGACUGCCCCUGCCCCCUACACCACCCAGACCAUCCCUACCUAUCCAUCAACCCACAGAGAAUCAACUACCACCCCACAUCCCACCACACCUAUCCAGCAGCCCACAUCCACAGCCAGGAUGGCCACCACCACCAGUCCCACCAGCCCACCGACCUCCCUGGCUCCUGCAGCCAACGUGGAUGGCAGUAACAAGCAGGACCUCAACGAAACCAAGGGCUACGUGGGCAGGAACCAAACAGCAGGCGCAGGGGGAGAAGGCGACCAGGGUAGCCAGGGUGGGGUGGAGUCCCCCUCACCCGGUGGUUUGGGCCCAGGGUGGCAUGUAGCGGCACACACCCUGCUGGUUGCCGCGGUGACGGUCGUCACGGUGCUGCUGAGCUGCUGCUGUUCCGUGCUGCUAGUGGUGAGCUGGAGGGGUCGGAGGAAGAGGAAGGGGCGGUACAGGACCACCUGGAGGGGGAAAGGGGGGUCCAUGCGCCUCAUUAAGUAUGCCAUUGUCAGGGAGAGCUCGUGA